AGGCUUAUGGUUCGUGGCCAUUAUAAAAAUAUAUGCCACUUCUGCAAUAACUAGAAUUUGGGACCAAAGAAAGUGACAGUUAUGGGAAGAACAUGGGGGGCUUAUGGAUUUGCCCACCCAUUUCAAUUCUUCUUAUUCCGUUACCUUUUUUCUGAACCAUCACAAAUAUUUACAAAAUAAAAAGAACAGAAAAAGUGGCCAAUGCCUAAAUGUUAUUGGUCGGUUCCAUUUCCCGCCCCUAGAACUAUUAAAAAGAAGAGAAAAAAAAAAGAUAAAAGUUAGACUGACCUUCCACUACCACUUAGCAAUAGUAAGUAUUAUAUAUACAGACUCAUUCUGUUUCUGCAUGAACUCCAAACCAAACAAACACAACCUCAUCUUGUGCAACUGGUUCUAGUGUCUUCUUCUACUUCCCAAAACAUAGGGUUCUCACAUUUGUCUGAUCACCAUUUCUUGAAUUUCAGUGAAUCUUUCUUUGUUAGUUAUUAAUUUAUAAUUGAAGUGAGGAACUUUGUAAUGAAGAACUGCAAAUUGUCACUAAUGCAAGUGUUGUGCAUUUCAUUCUUUUGCUUCUUUCUGUCCACCCAAGCCAGACGGCAUAACCAUAAACACAAGCACACCCACCCUCACAUUUCACAACCUCCUUCCCCUCCACCUGAUUCUGCUAGCCCUCCUGAAGAGGCUACCAAUCCUAAUAAUAGCUCCUCUGGUGUUUUCGAUGUGCGGUCGUUUGGUGCUGUUGGAGAUGGCCAAACAGAUGACACUGAGGCAUUUAAGAUGGCUUGGGACACAGCUUGCCAAAGUGAAUCUGCAGCAAGGAUCCUUGUUCCCCGAGGUUUCUCAUUCAUGAUUCAAUCUACAAUAUUCACUGGUCCCUGCCUUGGGGGCCUGGUGUUACAGGUUGAUGGAACUCUAGUGCCACCUGAUGGACCAGAGUCUUGGCCAAAGAACGCCAGCAGGCAUCAAUGGCUUGUCUUUUACAGAAUCAACGAGAUGUCGUUGCAAGGGGGUGGUGUAAUUGAUGGGAGAGGAGAGAAAUGGUGGAAUCUUCCCUGCAAACCCCACAGGGGGAUCAAUGGAACCACAUUGCCUGGACCAUGUUACAGCCCAGUUGCCAUUAAGUUCUUCAUGAGCUCCAACUUGACAGUUCAAGGACUUAAAAUCAAGAAUAGCCCCCAAUUCCACUUCAGAUUUGAUAACUGCAGGAAUGUCCAUAUAGAAUCGAUUUCUAUAUCCGCCCCUGCUCGAAGUCCGAAUACAGAUGGGAUUCACAUAGAGAACACAAAUGAUGUCCAAAUUUAUAACUCAGUAAUUUCAAAUGGUGACGAUUGUGUAUCAAUUGGGUCAGGCUGUUAUGAUGUAGACAUACGAAACAUCACUUGUGGACCUGGUCAUGGAAUCAGCAUUGGGAGUCUAGGCAAUCACAACUCGCGAGCAUGCGUCUCUAACAUUACAGUUCGCGACUCAAUAAUCAAAGAGACGGAUAAUGGAGUUAGGAUCAAGACAUGGCAGGGUGGAUCCGGAUCAGUUUCGGGAGUAACAUUCAGUAACAUUCACAUGGAUAAUGUUAGGAACCCGAUUAUGAUAAACCAAUUCUACUGCCUUAACAAGGGGUGCACCAACCAAACUUCAGCAGUCUUUGUAUCAGACAUACUCUAUUCAAACAUAAGGGGAACCUACGAUGUUCGGAGUUCACCGAUGCAUUUUGCUUGCAGUGAUGCUCUCCCAUGCACUAACUUGACACUCUCAGAAGUCGAGCUUCUUCCUGCUGUAGGAGACAUAGUAUUGGACCCGUAUUGUUGGAAUGCUUAUGGAGAACUGCAGACACUAACAAUUCCACCAGUCUCUUGCUUGUUGGAGGGUGUUCCUCGAUCCCUACUGGACAAUGACAUUGAGCAUUGCUGAUUCAGUGGGCUCAUCUGUAAAGCAAUCCAUGUAACGUACAAAAUUAAAAGACGGAUUAUGAAUCUGUCAGUCUAGUAGAUCUACUGAUGUCAUUAUAGAGGAGGGGUGUUUUAUGUGCUCCCUAUAUUUAUAAAUUAUAAAGUUAUGUUUCUCU